CCUCCGAAAAUGGAUUUGUGCUUCUGUGAUGGCCAGUGUCUAAUCUCGGAAUCAAUUGCCGAGUAUCAAAUGCAGCUCCUGGGUCGAAGAAUGGGGCGAAACCUCCGUUCGGUGUUCACCCGAUGUGAUGCUCCUUUGCCUCUGGGUCGGAAGUACGUCGCGGUCAAACUGUUGACCAACCAGACCCUCUACUUCGCUGUGGAGUUGAAGUGCACCGUACAAGAAAUCUUCGACCAGCUAUGUUUCUAUCUCGGAGUGGUCGAUUCACAACUUUUCGGCUUAGCACGGCAGAGUCCCGAUACAGCAGAGUUCUGCUUCGUCGACCAAGGGUCAAGGUUGGACAGAUUGGCGCCAAAAAGCUGGAAAAAUCAGACGUCCGCCGGACUAGACGGCCACGGCCGUCCGCUGAUCACCCUGCAUCUCCGAGUGCAGUACUACGUAGACUGCAUGAUAUUCUGGCAAGACCGGGUCGCUUGUCACCACUAUUACAACCAAGUCAAAGCAAACCUACUCAACUAUGACUGGGCCAUAAGCCAGGAGAAGGCGUUCAUGCUCGCGUCCUUAGCCCUGCAAGCCGACCUCGGGAACUACGAUCCUGUGAAGCAUCGCGGGAGAUAUUUCGACCCGAGCCGAUACUUUCCGUUGAGCAUUGUUCACACUGUUGGCGAGGCGUUCAUCGUGAGCAACUUGCCGUUGAUGCAUCGAGAUCACCACAAUUUGAACCGCACGUCGGCACAACUGGCAUUCAUCAAGGAGUCACAGGAGUUCGCUAUGCACAUUUACAAAGUUCAGCAGAAGAAAUCCAAUUACGACUUCACUCUUCUCGGUAUCUCGUCGAGCGGGAUCCAGGUCUAUCAGCCGAUCGCGACGCCGGUCCUCGCAAAAUCAAGUUGCAAUAUCGUUAUCACGAAACAAUGCCUGUUCCCGUGGUCGGAGAUAUCGAAGCUCAAGUUCGACAAGAGACGCUUCGAGGUACGGCUCGAAGGAAGGUGCCGUCAGCUGCUCGAGUUCGUUUACGUAUGCAGUUCGGAGAGCAAGGCUAGCUCUUUGCUGGAUCUCUGCAAGAAAACUCAUCAAUUCAAUCUGGCGAUCCAGCCCCGUAUCACCGAGUUGCGCAAGAUCGAAAGAAGGAACAAGGUUGCUAAAUACCGCGAGUCGUACAUCUACGAUCCCGAUGAGGCUUCGUGCGGACAGCAAACUCCAACCAAGUCGAUUCUGAACAAGUCGAUCAGCAGCGGUAGUUCACCUGCACUGAGCGGGAGCGAUCCCCGGAUCUCUGUCAUCAGCACCAGUUCAUCGAAUACGACCUCUGGGGUUAUGUCCGACAAGCCUCAAUCACCCGAGAGCGAGGACGAGACGGAUUCGCGUGCUCCGGUCGGCUUAUCGUUGGAAAGUCUACCGAAUUCGCAUACGCGCAAAGAAACCGGAGGUUGCUCUGAUUACGGAACAUUGGAGAACCUGAAUAAGAAAGCUCUUUCCGAGCACAAUCUCAGCUGCCACAAUAAGCUCCACUCGAAGGACGUAAGCGGUCACAUGGAGUCCUACGUUAUGAAUGGUUACAACGAUUGUCUCUCGUCGUCGGACGCUCUCAAAUACCUGAAGGCUGUGCCCGAGACGGCCUCACUGGACAAAGCCAUCAGCCUCGAUAACAUCGCGUUGGCAAACGCUUCCCUCUAUCACUCGAAGCCCCAGACAGAUCUAAGGAUAGCGGUAUCGUACGUGGACGCUAUGCGAGCUACCUCCGAGGAGUAUCUUUCGGGAGACAGUCGUCGACCUCAGAAAGCGACGCCGCUUUAUCAGAAAAAUAAAGCGCAACUCCGAGCAGCGCCUCAACCGGCUACUCGCAGUACCUCGUUCGCUGGUCAUCAGAAGCCCCGGCCUCCGCCCAUCAAGCCGAGGACGAAGAUCGGGAUAUCGUCUCUGAGCAAGAACCCCGAUCAAAAAGUUGUAUCCGAGCCGGAAAUGUUGCACCAUUUGACGAAGUCUCAGCCGGACCUUCUGUCAAGACUGUCAGCAUCGGCGGCGAGCAGCGAUUCAUUGGGCUCAUCUGAUGUCUUAGAUGAAGUCCGAAUGAAGUCUUCUCAACAUAAUUUGCCAUUCAUGAGCGCGCUCUGUCAGGACCGGUCCUUGAUGCCCAAGACCGUUCCCAACAUUCGGCCCAAUCCCACCACCUCGGCCAAUGAUGCGAGAAGAUUCAGCUAUUGUUCUUAUCUCCUGGCCGAGUCUGCGUCUUCUUCGCCGAUCGUGUCUGGAGGACUCUUCAAGUACACCUCGUUAGGAAACGUCGCACCGAUUCCACAUCCGCCGACGCCACCUCGGCAAAUGAUUCCCCACAAACUGUCACAGGAAACCGGAACGAUCUCGCAGCAGCGGAAGACUGUUGUGUUCUGAGAUCGUCUCGAUCGCUGGAUCCGAGACCUCUCCGCGGUCCAUUCAUCGGAGCUGGAGUCGAAAACCGGCACUACGAAGUCACACUCCGCAUCGGUGCAAAUAUUUCAUCCGCGAUGGGUGACUGACUCGAAUUCAUGUCGCGACGACUUGAACUUCAAAACUUAAACUACUUGAAGCAACUAUGGUGCACGACCACUCGAGAACUCAUCUUAUUGUUAACGAAGCAUCUUGUUAAGGCAGCUAAUGAGCGUUCCGUGGUCGGUUAUCCCGAAAACUUUUUAUCUCAGCGGAUGCAUUCGCCAAUACAGACUCAACUGAGCAGAAGGACGCUGAGUUCUAUUACGGAUAUCAUAUCGGCAUGCCCUCUUACUCGUACGAGACGCGUACGGCCUGGUGAAGAGGAGGCCGGUAGGAUGAUUUUUUUCCCUUUCCCCCUCCUUUCUUUCGGGAGUGACUGAAAUCAAACCCUAAUCGAAUAAAAAACGAAGACCUUCUAGUCGCUUUCGGGCGGGUCAUUAGAGCCCGUCCUCCAGCGGGCAGACUUACUUAUAUACAUUGUGUACAUAAAGAGGCAAUUUUGAGUUCUUAGCGAGGCUCUCUUGUGAGCGGAAGGAAAUAUAUACGGUACGACGGACUAUCAUGGUUCCACAGCGUUUCCCCGAUCUGCCGAUACUUAAGCUGUAUAUCAACGUGCUCAGUCGACCACCGUGUUGGAAACUCGAAUAC